AUGCUGUCGACCAACUCCACCAAUUGCUCGUUUUGGGACUACGAUGAUACUACGUCUUGUUGGCGUCAUCAAACUGAAUCUUUGGUGCCGAUAGUCCUUGGGUCAGUAUCCUUAACUAUUCUUGCACUCAAAAGCGCUUCGUCCAUUUACCGUCAUAAAUUAGCUCCUAAUCGCAUAAAAUUACCAGAAAAUGAUGAAGAAGGUGGCGGUAAUGAAAGCCGUCCACUUUUAGCUAAUAGAGACGCUUAUGGUGCUAUAACUACUACAGAUGAAUCAUCUCCCCAAUCACCUCCUCUUGAAGUCUCAGUCAAAGAUAGACAUUUUAGUUUAAACAGAAUCCCCGAUACGAACGAGGAUGGCUCGCUACAUGGUGUGGUUCAAUUUGUAUACAAAAGUGGUGGUGAACGGUUCCGUGUCGCUCUAGAAUUUUUGCUCGUGCUAAUUCAAUUUGCUUAUACCUUAUCAUUGAACUUUGUGCCGUCUGUCCACAAGGAGUUUAAGCAUUCUCAUGCUCCUCUCAUCAGGACCGUAUUCUGGGUUUAUAUCUUGAUGAUAGUUUUCAUCAGAGCUUUGAAUAUGAAACGUGUGGUUAUAAGAAUGCCAAGUUUAUGGGUCCAUUCUACUACCCUUUAUUUUUUCAAUUUUUUUUCAAGAUUAUUGCCCUUUAGAUCAGCAAUUCUUAACCAUAUAAAAUCGUCAUAUGUGCGUCAUUACUACUAUGCUGAUUUUUGGAUCUCUUUUGCUUUACUUGUUUUAAACUUUACAGCCAAGAACGGAGAUAAGCCUGCUACGCUUUAUGUUACAACGGAUGGAGUCAAACCUUCCCCAGAAAAUGUAACAAGCUUAUGGCUGUUUAUCACAUACUCAUGGAUUAAUUCUAUGGUAUGGAGAUCUUAUAAACAAGAAUUGAAAAUGAAUGAUAUAUGGGGAUUGAGACAAGAUGAUUAUGCUAGAACAGUGUUAAAUGGGUUUGAAGCUGCAAAAUCGACGCUUAAAUUUUCAGUUAGGUUAUUUGUUCAUUUCAAAUGGUUGUUUGCUAUUCAAGCAUUUUGGGCAGUUCUCCAAUCUUUUAUUGUUUUCUUACCUUCAAUCUUAUUGAAGAGGAUCUUAGAGUAUGUUGAAGAUCCUACAAUUACUCCUAAAUCUGUUGCUUGGUCAUUAGUGUUUAUGUUACCUGCAGUCAAGAUUCUUGAUGCCAUUUCCAGUGGAUGUUCAUUGUAUGUUGGUAGAAGAGUUUGCCUCAGAAUGAAGGCUAUUAUUAUUGGUGAAGUAUAUGCAAAGGCCCUCAGAAGAAAAAUCACUGUUACCGAAGUUACUGAUGAUUCCUUGGAUGAUGCUGAAGAGCUGAAUGAUAAGAAGAAGAAGAAGAAAGAUCAAUCAAAGAGUAAGGGCGAAGAAGACCUUGAAGAAGAAGAUGGUCCAAAAUCCACAGCUGAACUCGGUGCAAUUAUUAACUUGAUGGCAAUUGAUGCCUUUAAGGUUUCUGAAAUUUGUGGUUAUUUGCAUUACUUUGUUGGCGCCUUCUUGAUGAUCAUUAUUUGUGUUUGUUUGUUGUAUGGCUUGUUAGGUUGGUCUGCAUUAUUAGGUUCCUUGUCUAUUAUUGUUUUGUUGCCAGUCAAUUAUAAGAUUGCCAGUUACUCUGGUGACUUACAAAAGGAAAUGUUGGCUAUUACCGAUAAAAGAAUCCAAAAGUUGAAUGAAACUUUCCAAAGUAUUAGAAUCAUCAAAUUCUUUGCUUGGGAAGAUAAAUUUUCUGAAAAUGUAAUGAAAAUUAGAGCCAAUGAAUUGAAGUAUUUAACUUACAGAACUUUUGUUUGGGCAGGUGGUUCAUUUAUUUGGUUUAUCACUCCUACUUUGGUUACAAUGAUUUCUUUCUAUUGUUACACUAUUGUUGAAGGUAACACUUUAACUGCACCAAUUGCCUUUACUGCAUUAUCCUUAUUUACAUUAUUGAGAUCUCCUUUGGAUCAAUUAUCUGAUAUGACAUCUUUUGUUAUGCAAUCAAAGGUAUCUUUGGAUAGAAUUGAUGAAUUUUUGGAUGAAGAGGAAACCACCAAGUAUGAUAUAUUGAAUCAACAACCUGGUCCAAAUUCACCUUAUAUUGGGUUUGAAGAUGCUAGCUUCUCCUGGAACUCUAAGUCUGAAACGGAUUUCAAGUUAAGAGAUUUGAACGUUUCCUUCUUGCCUGGUAAAUUAAAUGUUGUCAUUGGUGCUACUGGUUCAGGUAAAACUUCAUUGUUGUUGGCACUCUUGGGUGAAAUGAAUAUCACCAAGGGUAAGGUUUUCCUUCCUGGUACUAUUCCUAAAGAUGAAUUGACUCCAGAUUCUAUUAGCGGCUUAACAGACUCAGUUGCCUAUUGCUCCCAAUCACCAUGGUUAUUAAAUGAUACCAUUAAGAACAAUAUCAUUUUUGGAUCAGAUCUUAAUGAGGAUCGCUAUAAAAAAGUUAUUGAAGCUUGUGGAUUGGCUCGUGAUUUGGAGAUUUUAAGUGCAGGUGAUGCUACUGAAAUUGGUGAAAAGGGUAUUACUUUGUCUGGAGGUCAGAAACAAAGAGUUUCAUUGGCAAGAGCAUUAUACUCCAAUUCUAAGCAUGUAUUAUUGGAUGACUGCUUGUCGGCAGUUGAUUCCCAUACUGCUUUGUGGAUUUAUGAAAAUUGUAUUUCUGGUCCUUUAAUGAUUGGGAGAACUUGUAUCUUGGUAUCUCAUAAUGUUGCCUUAACUAUUCAAAAUGCUGAAUGGAUUGUGGUUAUGGAAAAUGGUCGAGUGAAAAACCAAGGACACCCUGAAGAUCUUUUGAAGACGGGUGAUUUGGGAGAUGAUGAUUUAAUCAAAUCUUCUGUUAUUAACUCAAGAAACCAAUCCUCCACUAAUUUACCUGAUUUGGCUGAUAAGAAUGCUGAUUUGAAGUCCAAAGCAGCUGCCAUUGAAGACAAAUUAAAGAAAUUCUGCGCUGACGAAGACGCUGCUGCUGAAGACCUUAAGAAAUCUGAUGGUAAGUUGACUGAAGAAGAAACCAAAGCCGAUGGUGCUGUUGGAUUUGAUGUCUAUGCUUUUUAUGCCAAGUUCUUGGGUGGACUCCCUACAAUUAUGGCUGUGGCUGUGAUUUUUUUUGCUGCAAAUGGUAUCUAUAUUCUUCAAUCAUGGUGGUUAAGAAACUGGGCCAAUCAAAGUGAAUUGGAAAACCAAUUCCAAAUAAAUGCCAUGGCCAGAACUUCUAAUGUGUUUGAUGUUACUCAGUUCAAGGGUAUGCCAUUUAUUAAAUCAUUUGAUGGUGGUUUCAAUUUUUUGGCUACUGGUUCAAGUAAUAUUUUAACGAAGGAAAAUACAACUAUGUAUUAUAUCAUCAUUUAUGCAUUGAUUGGUGUUCUUUAUUCUAUUAUGGCUGUUGGUAGAGUGUUUUCUACCUUUUACAUUGGUCUUGUUGCUGCCAAUAAGAUUUUCAAGGAGUUAUUGGACACCAUUUUAAGGGCCAAAUUAAGAUUCUUUGAUAAGACACCCAUUGGCCGUAUUAUGAAUAGAUUUCUGAAGGAUGUGGAAUCUGUUGAUCAAGAAUUGACACCUUUUGGUGAAGCCAUUUUUGCAUGUCUUGUUCAAUGUGUUUCCACGUUAAUUUUAAUCACUUAUAUCACUCCGGGCUUUUUGGUUUUUGCUAUUAUCAUUUCCUUUUUGUAUUACUUGGUUGGUUUCUUCUACUUGACGCUUUCUCGUGAGUUGAAGAGAUACGAAUCUGUUACCAAGUCCCCUAUUCAUCAACACUUUUCUGAAUCCUUAACUGGGGUUGCCACGAUUAGAGCUUAUGGUGUUGAAUCUAGAUUUAUGAAACAAAACUUGGAACACAUUGACAACAAUAACAGACCAUUCUUUUACUUGUGGGUUGCUAAUAGAUGGUUGUCUUUGAGAGUUGAUUUUGUUGGAGCCAUGGUAAUGAUGUUUUCUGGUGUUUUCAUUUUGCUUUCGUUAAACAGAAUUGAUGCUGGUUUAGCAGGUUUAUCAUUAUCAUAUUCUAUUGCAUUUUCUGAAAGUGCUUUAUGGAUUGUUCGUUUCUAUUCAAACUUUGAAAUGAAUAUGAAUUCAGUGGAACGUUUGAAGGAAUAUCUUCAAAUAGAACAAGAACCCCCCUAUGAGAUCCCAGAAACUCAACCAGAAGAUUCAUGGCCCCAAAAGGGUGAGAUUAUUGUUGAAGAUGUUUCCUUGAGAUAUGCCCCAGAUUUACCUAGAGUCAUCAAGGAUGUUUCCUUUAAAGUUGAACCAUGUCAUAAAGUAGGCAUUGUUGGUCGUACCGGUGCCGGUAAAUCUACAAUUAUCACUGCCUUUUUCCGGUUUUUAGAUCCUGAAUCUGGUUCUAUCAAGAUUGAUAACAUUGACAUUACAUCUAUUGGGUUAAAGAAUUUGAGAAGAGCUAUAACCAUUAUUCCUCAAGAUCCUACUUUAUUCAGUGGUACUAUUAGAACCAACUUGGAUCCAUUUGUUGAGUAUAGUGAUGAAGCUAUUUAUGCAGCUUUAAGAAGAGUUAACUUGAUUAGUGCCGAUGAUGAAGUUGGAAUUGUAUCUCAAUCCAAUUCUUCUCAAGCCAGUCAAGAGAACCAAAAUAAGUUUUUAAAUCUUUACAAUCCCAUCACUGAAGGAGGUGGUAACUUGUCCCAGGGUGAGAGACAAUUGGUUUGUUUGGCCAGAUCAUUAUUGAAGAAUCCCAAGGUGAUGUUAUUGGAUGAAGCCACUUCGUCUAUUGACUAUAAAUCCGAUGCCAUAAUCCAAAAGACCAUUAGAGAAGAGUUCCAUUCCCUGACGAUCUUAACCAUUGCUCAUAGACUUCGGACAAUUAUCGAUUACGAUAUGAUUUUGGUUAUGGAUGCUGGUAGAGUUGUUGAAUAUGAGAACCCCUAUGUUUUGAUAAGCAACCGUGAAUCACUAUUCUACAGUAUGUGUGAGAAUUCCGGUGAGCUUGAUACUUUGAUCAAGCUUGCAAAGGAAGCUUAUGUUGAAAAGAAAAACUCCAACAGAAAUUAG